UUUCACGCGCGCCAGCUGAGCUCGCAACCGGAAGUCAGUCGGUUUCCCGUUUCCGGUCUAGAGAUCCGCUCAACUCCAUCACAUCAUAAUGCCCAAAUCCAAGGUAGUGCUGUCGUCCACGUCUGGAAGCGACUCCGACAGCGAGCUGGAGACCAAGGCAAAGAGAAAGAAGCCGAGUGCACCGGAGAAACCCGCCAAGAAAGCGAAGAGCGGAGAGACCUCCAAGCCCGGCGGCUCCUCCAAGAGCAGCGGUGGAGACGACAACAUGUUCCAGAUCGGAAAGAUGAGGUACGUCAGCGUGAGGGAGUUCAAGGGGAAAGUCCUGGUGGACAUCCGAGAGUACUGGAUGAACCAGGACGGGGAGAUGAAGCCGGGGAAGAAAGGCAUCUCCCUGUGA